CCGAAUCGAUGAUGUUUUGUUAUUCUUCGAGAACACGGACAAGAUGGCCGAUUAGGUUAAAUCAAGUGUUUUUUAACGUUUCUAUGUCGAUAACCCGUCGCCGUACGCGUUUUAAAUUAAAUGUUGAACGAAAUUUCGGAGUGCAUAUCACCGGCGAUCAAGUGUUCCGUUCGACGAAAGCCGUGGCCGACGCGUUCGUUUUUGCCGUGCGCUACAAACCGACACGUUCUGUAAUGUUUACGUUCCAGGAUAGAGCUAAAGUAGGUUGGUAAUGGAAUCGGAUGGUAACGUCAGGACACCGGGAAGCGCUGCUUACUUUCUUGUAGGUUCAAGUCGCGUGCCAUGUGGUCCAGCUGUAUCUGGCCAACUGACCAUCCCUGUUGGUCGCCCUGUGUCCAGCCAGGAGGUCUCAGGUCCAAGCCUAAUAGUCCAAAUGACACCAUCACGCAGUCAAACGCAAGAUCACCAUGCGCGUGCAACUGUUUUGCGCACCGCAAGUCAACCGGUUACCAUGCACAGGUUUCCUUUACAGCUCAAUCAUGCCAGCGCCAAUCACAUAUUGUCACCCAAUCAACAUUUCAAACAAAUACCAGUUUACCAGAGAAACGCCAAUUCCAUUCAAAUGGAAUCCGUUCGAAAGAAUGUUUUUGUUUCAACACCGGUUGUACAACCUCAGAUGCCGUACAAUCGGGUUGGUCUAACACCUCAUAUGUUAAUGACAUAUAUGCCACCUCGUAAUCGGUUGGGAAAUAACCAACGAACUCGUAUUGUUCCUGUAAGCCGUUCUGCUGCUGUAUUAAGGCGAGACAAUUGCCCCAGUGAUGAUGAACUGUUGGAAGUGACCGAGCAUCGACCAAUUUAUGAUGCAAAGAAGCCAGCUGAGUUAAUCAAAGUGGAACAUAACUAUUGUUUUGUCCCGAGGCCGUCUCCACAAAAACCUAACCAAAUAAAUGGUUUGGUAUCUACAUUGAAUAUUGACUCUGCUCCAUCAUGUAUAGUAUCGCCCACAGUGAUACAAAAUCAAUUCAAUAUAACCAAUAAUAACAGAGUUGUACAAAAGCCAUCGAGUAUUCCUAACAAUGUGCCAAAAAUGUCUACCGAGUCCUUACAAUCGGUAAUCAAGCAUGAACCUCCAAUUCAAAUAGAAAGCGAACUAAGUGCAAGUGAUCAUGAUCCAGACGGUCAAGGUGAAGAAACUGAUACAGCACCAGAAGCUGUAGCAGAAGGAGGAAAAGAUAAAGUAAAAGAGACUAACAAGUCGGAAGAACCCGCUGUUACUAGAUGCAUUUGUGAAUUGGAACACGAUGAUGGUUUUAUGAUCAGCUGUGACAAAUGUUUUGUUUGGCAACAUGUUGAUUGUGUCUUGGAAAGUAGAACUAACCUUCCUGAAGAAUAUUUAUGUGAACGAUGUUCACCUAGGCCUUUUAAUAAAGAAGCAGCAGCAGCUUUACAGCAUAUGAAAAUAGCCAAGAGAUUAGCUCUGAGCUCUGCUUCACAUUUACGUCACUCAAGUGACUCUGAUCUCUCUUCUGAACCAGAUCAAAAUAAUUUGCAAACUAAACGGAAAAAAUAUAAAAGUCGUCAGAAGAAUACACAAAAACGCAAGUCCAACGGUUUGCCUCCUAUGAAACAACGUAGAAAAAGCGGACCUCCAUUAGGUUCAAAAAAGAAAGGCUCUAUGACGCCCGAGAAAAAAGCAAUAGCUGAAGAACGCAAGAAAAUGUUGAUUAGACGCAAAGAAAUGUUGUUGGAGAAAAAGCGAAUAGCAGCCAUGGAUAAAAAGAAAAAAGUCAACCAAGAUAAAAAAAUUAUUCCCAAAAAGAAGACUAUUGACUAUUCUUCUGAUGACGAGCCAAAAAUAUUUAAAACUGACAAACCAUCAUCUAAACAAUACAAGUCAAAUACUGAACAGCCCGUCGAGUUAUUAAGGAACUGGAUUGAUAAAUACGAAGAAGCCGUAACCAAUCAUUAUUCUCAAGAACUCCGAGCUCGGCUGUCGUCCAUUAAACCUAAUGGCAGUAUAGCCAUCGGAGAACUUCGAACGCCAGUUAAAAUACCUAUUAGCAGGACGAAAAUUUCGUUACUUCCCAGUGGCAUUAAGAUGUUAGUCAGUAGUUCGGUAUUGACAAAUAACCAACCUAUAAUUGAAGUCCGUGGAAAGUUUACGUGGACCGGCUCGGCGUAUAAAGAUUUAAUACCAAAUCGAACCGACCCUUAUGUAUUUUUUUAUACAGUUCGAUUUUCAGCAGAAUGUGACAUUGAGGUAUGUGUGGAUUGUCGCACGUAUGGCAAUGAUGCUCGUUUUGUUCGACGAUCAUGUAAACCAAAUGCUGAGUUGAAACAUUAUAUCGAAAAAGGUUCUAUACAUUUAUACAUUGUGGCUAAUCAGUAUAUAGAGAAAAACAGUGAAAUUACUAUAAAUCAUCAUCAAACAGCAGUUCCUGUGAAGUAUUGUAAUUGUGGAGAUUCGUCUACAUGUACAGCUUCAAUAAAUUUGUUACCUCCUGCAACCCCGCCAUUGUCAGUUGUACCUGAAAGUUCUUCUUCGUCCCCACUUAUCGACCCUACUGUUAGUCACUCGUCCGAGGAUGAAGAAAACAAACCCCAAAGAACCAAAAGAACGAGGCAACAAAGAAGUCUUAAAAAGACAAAUAAAAAAAUGAUUAAAAGGUCAAUACCCAAGUCUAACGUUUCACCGCCACCUCCAAUAACUAAAACUAAGGAGCCUAAUGGGCCAGGGCGACCUAAAAGUCCUGUAAAAAAGGUAGAGACAAGUCCAGAACCAGAAAACAAAUCCAACAACAAUGAUAAUAAAAUGGUGAGAAGACUUAGCGAGAUGUCUAGAGAAGAAAGGAAAAUGGUGGCUAUUAUGAAAGCGUUUGAAAGAAUGGAAAAAAAAGAAGCUAGAAAACAAGAGGCAAGGUCGCAUAAAGAUGAUUCUUGUAAUAACUCUCCGCAGAAUAUAAACAGGAAUAGGGUUCGAAAAAGUGUUGUCAAAAGAAAACAGAGACCGUCAAAAAAUAGUCGUUCAAAAUCUACUAGGGCCAACAGGCCACAACGUCGAGCUGCAGCUAUUGCAAAUCGUUCUUAUAAUAGUUCAUCUGACGAAGACGACAACAACAAUGAUGAUGGUGAUGACGACGAAGAACGAAAGGGUCGCUUGAAUUCUAGGAAGCGUAUCCAGAAUCGUUGUAAAUUUUCAGUGCGCUUUCAGCACAGGCCAUCGACCCAAUCGUCUAUCCCACGAUCGAUGCUUCGACGAUCGCCUCAUAACAAUGCACCCCAUACACCAGUCAAAAUGGAUAGUGAAGAUGCAAGCGGAAGCGAAGGAACACCAACGGCACCGCUGUCCAAUACUUGCAUGCUAGUGGCAGCGGCUGUUGGUCCGCUUGCGCCCGGAUUUAAAUUUCCUAAUACUAAAAAAGAUUUUGUUAAUUCAUGGGUAAAAUCUGAAGGAAACUCUCCGACAGGCAGUGAAGAUUAUAAAGUCGGUGAAUCUGGUUGUGCUAAAAAACGAUGGUUACAACAAGCUAUUAGUGAACAAGGUACUAAUGGCAAAGAUAAUUCAAUUGGGUUUAGCAACGGAGACCAGCAAGUAGGUCCAUUAAAAAAGCGAAGAAUGGCUCGAGAAUCUAUGUCCGAUUGUCCGUCACCAACCGUCCCGGGUUCGGGACACAUAAGUUUUGCCGAAGAAGAUGUAAUUGAAGACGAAGAAGUUGAACAAGCAUCCCGUAAUAUUGCGUCUAUCGAUUCCAAAUUAGCUAUAUUUAAGAACAAAAGCAUGCCGCUCUUAGAUUUACAAAAGUCCAACACUGUUGCCUUGGUGGAAUCAUUCUUGGGUGAAUUCAAACCAGACGAUGAAGGUGGUAGUUCUGAGCCACCCACACCAGAAAAACAACUUGACAUCAAACCAACCAUUUCAGAAGAUGAUACAUUUGUCGUCGAAUCAAAAGUUGUAAUUCCCAAAGAUGAACCGAUCGAUGACUUAGAAACGAGCCCGGUUCGGUCAGAAAAUAUACUUCCGCUGCAUGACUUUAAAACAGAUCAAUCAUCCCCUAUUACUACCAAAACCAAUAAUGCUACUACUACAACUAUUACCGACAUUGUUGUGUCAGGGAACAAAGAGUCGUUUGAAGCUACUCACGACAUUAAGAACAUUGUUCUACCGUCGGCUACUGAAAUACCUCCACUUCCUCCACCGCCAGUUGUUGAAAAAACUCCGCCGCCGCCGCCACCACCACCGCCAGUGAAACGAAAGUUGUCAUUGUCAGAAUAUAGACGUCGUAAAGAAUCGCAAGCAUCCACCACCAAAGAAAAAGAAAUUCAGUCUGGAUUUAGCGACGUAUCUAGGCCGUCACCUUCUGUAUCGCCGAAUACCUCUCUCGCGGCUUACGAAGAGAUCACACAACAAGUGAUUGCUAAAUCUUUGGAAUUGGAGUCUAAACUAGCACAAAAAUCGACUGGACCAUUGUUGUUCGAAACUAGUAUAUCUAAAGAAGAACCUAAACAAUGGGAAAACCUUAACGAUAGAUUGCGGAGACAAUUUGGUGUUAACAUCACCGAAGAUCUACCUAAGAGACAUCCGAGAUUAUCACCACCGUCGGAUUUUGUACCACCACCUGUAGACGUCGCACGAUAUUCAUAUUAUCAACGCUCUGAUAACGAACAGCUCUAUUCUUGUGCUAAAGAAGACAUUUUGUUACCUACAGCCGCUGUCCACGACAACGGUCCUCCCAAACUUUUUAGUCCUCCGUCACAAGCGUACUUCUCAACUAUGUUUUUCAGACAACCUCCACCUCCACCACCACCGCCUCCCCCACCAACGGUUUGAUCGUUCAUAGCAUUUAAUUAUAAUUACAUUGAUAAGUCUUUUUAAUUCUUAAUGAAUAAGUAAAUAGAUUAUUUUUAAAUCAAUCAAAAAUUUAAUGACAUACUCAUUUUGUUAGUCUUUUUUUUCCAUUAAAUUAAAAAUGCCAAAGUGGUGUUUUCAAUGUAAAUAGGUUUAUUUUUUCCUUCCAUUAUCUUUUUGUUGAUAUUUCGUUGCUUUCAGUUUGAAAGAAUUGAAAUCAAACAGUAAACUUAAAUUAAUUAC